AUGAAUCCUGGUGAAAGACACCAAGAAAAUUUUGACAAAAAGACACUUAGCCAGUUCGAGAUUGAAGAACGAGUCCAGGGCUUGUUACCCAAAGAACUAGUAAACGACUACAAGAAGAACCGGCGUGUACCACAUAUACCUGAAGAACAGAGACUCAAGAACACUCCUGCACGAGAACAAAAGUGGAAACACCGAACAACUGGUUUCAGUCCGUUCUUCCUGACCUAUGGCCGUGAACCUCGUAUUCCGGGUGAUCCUCUAUGCCCAUUCAUGGAUACCGCUAUUCCUGAUGAUCCUUCUCUUGUCUCUGAUGGUGCUAUCCCUUUUCUCCGCAAUCUGCAACAAGCCCGCAUUAAUGCUGAUGCUCGAGUAGCCACCAAUAGCCAACAAGACAAGGAACGAUGGGAUUCUAUUAUGAAACCGCACCAAUUUGCAAUCGGUGAACAUUUAUUGCUCCGACAUGAAAACAAAUUUGGCUUAGAAUAUAACUGGAUGGGACCAUACAUAGUUAUAGACAAGAAUGUAGAUAAAAAUAUAUACAAGCUCACAACUAUGGAAGGUGUCCCUUAUACUUCCUGGGUUCACGCCGAUCGUUUAAAAAUUGCAAAAUCCGAUGAUUUUGACCGUACCUGGUAUCACCCAACCCCUGCCCGUGCCCAAAUGUGCCGCGAUUUAGCCUUGGACUCUUCUUCUGCCCUACCGUUUUCCCUUGUGGAUUCUUCUGGGGUUGAUCGAGGACUAUCAACAGUUUUGGGAGGGGGUGAUGUUGGACAUUAUUUUGAUGAAUCCGUAAAAUCUGAAGAUAGUUAA